CAAGUCGUCGACGCAGCUGUCAGAACAGCGCGACUUCAGUCUGGUUGUGAACGGGAUGUGCAAUGUUUGUGCGUGCAUUUAAGCUGAAAAAACAAUAAUAAUGACGCGUGCAAACUGCUUUCUGUUUUAAUCUGAGGGUUUCAUUCGUCGCGGGAGCUGUGUGCGUCUGCUCUGUGUAAAUAUUGUACGUUUUGUCCUAGGAGGCAGAAGACGGAGAGCUGCUGCUACUGUAAAACAAAACAGCCUCUAUUCCAUAGACUAUAAAAACAAUAAUCAUAAAGAUGCAGAGCACGAGCCAGAAGCGCAGGCAAUGAUCGCUCUGCACGGAAUCUAGCAGUGACAUCAUGAAUCUGCUCCGUCUUUUGUGUCGUCACAAGACAGCCCUGGCACUCUGUGUCUUCUUCCUAUUCGCCAUCGUCCUUUUGUUCCUCGCCAAAUGUACGUCUGAGACACUGAAGCCGGCCGAGUCCCCAGGGGCAGCGCCGCGGGCCGAGGCACGACCGAAGCAUUGGGCAGGACCUCCUCAGGCCAAACAGCUCUCUUCAUUCCUGGCCAUCCUCAUCACCACGGGCCCGAAGUACACGGAGCGCCGCAGUAUCCUCCGGAGCACCUGGCUUACCAAACAAGAUCCCGAAGUGCUCUACUGGUUUGUGGUCGGCACCGAGGGUUUACCUCCAGAAGACCUCCAGAACCUGGGAUCCGAGCAGAUCCGUCACCGGGACCUCCUCCUGCUCCCUGACCUCCGGGACUCGUACGAGAACCUCACGCAGAAACUGCUUCACAUGUACUCCUGGUUGGACCAAAAUGUUGACUUUAAGUUCGUUCUGAAGGCCGACGAUGACACCUUCGCCCGCUUGGAUGUUCUCAAAGAGGAGCUGAAGACGAAAGAGCCCAGCCGACUCUACUGGGGCUUCUUCUCCGGCCGAGGGAGAGUUAAAACGGCCGGGAAAUGGAAAGAAAGUGCGUGGGAACUGUGCGACUACUACUUGCCUUACGCUCUGGGUGGAGGCUACGUGCUGUCUGCUGACCUCGUGCACUACGUACGUCUCAAUGUACGGUUUCUGAAGACCUGGCAGAGUGAGGACGUGUCCUUGGGCGCCUGGUUGGCCCCGGUGGACGUGAAGCGGGUUCACGAUCCGCGCUUCGACACGGAGUACAAGUCGCGCGGCUGCAGUAAUAAGUACCUGGUGACACACAAGCAGAGUUUAGAGGACAUGCUGGAGAAGCAUCAGACACUACAGCGCAGAGGAAGGCUGUGCAAAGAGGAGGUCAAACUGAGGCUGUCCUACAUGUACGACUGGAGCGUCCCGCCGUCCCAGUGCUGCCAGAGGAAGGACGGCAUCCCCUGACAUCGGAGAUCUUCGGCAUUUUUUUUCCAAUUGCUAUUUAUUAAGUUAUUAUCAAUGUUGUGUGUCGCGCCGAAAACAGCAGUUCGUAACCUUUUGAAAAGGCGUUUUAAAUUCAGAGUAGGAGGGAUGGUGUUACUCAAAAGCUGCUCUUUUUGAGAUCGAGAUGCUCUUCUCUCAUUUGGCUGAUUGUACAUAAAAUCAGCUUGUACGGAGAGCCUGGGGGAUUCUGGGUAAAGGGUAAAUUUUGAUAUCAAAUAUUUCUGCUGUAUUCUCUGCGUACGCCUUCUGUACUUGAUGUCCACCGAUUGAAUUCUCCAUCUUAUCCUUCAUUUAUAACCCUGAGAUGUUCGGCGUGUAUCUGUUGUAAUAAAUCUACAUUGAUAAGCAGUUUAUUAAUGAGAAGGAAACUUGAAGAUAAAUGUUCAUAUACGUGCAUU